AUGGCACCUUACGAGGCUUUGUAUGGUCGUAAGUGUCAUACUCCUCUAUGUUGGACUGAGUUGGGUGAGCGUUGGGUUUUGGGUCCUAAGUUGGUUUCCAAGAUGGAGAUAAGUUGUAAGGGCAAGUUGAGCCCUAGGUUUAUUGGGUCGUAUCGUAUUCUGAAGUGUGUGGGACCGAUCGCUUAUCAGUUGGAGCUACCACCAAAGUUAGACUGUAUCCAUGAUGUGUUUCACGUCUCAACGUUUAGGCGAUAUCAGUUUGAUCCAUCUCAAGUUGUCUCUGUUGAGGAGAUUGAGGUUAGACAGGAUUUAACUUUUGAGGAGGAGCCGAUUCAGAUUUUGGAACAUGAUAUUAAGGUUCUGGGGAGGAAGUCCAGCUUGUUGGUUAAGGUUCUUUGGCAGAAUCAUGGCACUAAAGAAGCCUUGUGGGAACCUGAGGACUCGAUGCAUCAACUGUAUCCUCAUCUGCUUGAAUCAGGUAAAUUUCGAGGUCUUCUUUUAGGGGGAUAG